ACUCAAGAAAUGGACCAGCUUCAUAUUUGCCAUGGAGAAGAUUUUGAAGUUGGAUUUGAUUAAUGAGAGUUAUUUGGUCAUACAGAAGAAAGCAAUCGGAUAGGUUAAGGUUAGCAAUGUACAUCGGAAAAAACACAAACUGAAACGGGACAUUGUCAUUACCAACAACGACAACAGAAAACAUCACGUCAAUUUUUUGUCCAUGAUCAGUUGAGUUGACCCACGUUCAGUUUUUCCUUCCAUCAUCUUCCCCAAACCACCGAAUAUAUUCACAAUACCUUCUUGUCAAACAUCCACCCACCUCUACACAUAUCAUGGGCCCCGACUCUACGGCCCUGUCAUCUCCCAUUGACACCUCCGACGACCUUGCCGAUCUCAUUUGGCCUUUCGGGGACCUCAACGGGAUCGACAAGGAGCAACUCCGGGAGACCUCCUACGAGAUUUUCUUCACAGCAUGCCGUUCUUCACCAGGCUUCGGCGCUGGCGUCAAGGUUCUCAAUCAGGCCGGACAAUUUGAAGAUGGUGUUGUGGGCCCUGGGUCUCCGUCAAAGGGAAAUCAAGGAGUGGGUAUGGCGGUGACAAGCAAGGUGAAGAGAGCAUUGGGUCUUAAGAUGCUCAGGCGGUCCCAAUCCAGGAGAACCAACUCCAUUGGCUCACCCAGAUCGCUCGGCCUUUCUUCCGGCGGAGGUAGUAGCCCUGCCCCCGGGUAUAGUAGCGUUAAUAGUAUUGUGGGCUCCUCCGGGCCGGCGAGGAAUCGGAGACCAUUGACAUCGGCGGAGAUAAUGAGGCAACAAAUGAAGGUGACGGAGCACAGCGAUAACAGGCUUAGGAAAACGCUCAUGAGGACACUUGUUGGACAGACUGGAAGGAGGGCAGAGACGAUCAUCCUGCCGUUGGAGCUUCUCCGGCAACUAAAACCGUCGGAGUUUGCAGACUCUCUCGAGUACCACGAAUGGCAAAUCCGACAGCUCAAGGUUCUCGAGGCUGGUCUCCUUCUCCACCCUUCAAUUCCCUUUGACAAGACCAACAGCUUGGCCACUCGCCUCAGGGAAAUAGUCCGCUCCGGCGAAGCCCGACCCAUAGACGUCGGCAAGAACUCCGAGCACAUCCGGUCCCUCUGCAAUUGUGUGGUCUCCCUCGCCUGGCGCUCUACCGACGGCUCCCCAACCGACGUCUGUCACUGGGCUGACGGAUAUCCUUUCAAUGUCCACACGUAUAUCGCCCUUCUCCGUUGCAUCUUCGAUAUCAAGGAGGAGACUGUCGUGAUCGAUGAGGUGGACGAGCUAUUGGAGCUGAUGAAAAAGACAUGGUCGAUAUUGGGGAUGAACAGAUCAAUCCACAACUUGUGUUUCAUGUGGGUGUUGUUCGAACAGUAUGUUAUCACCGGCCAAGUGGAACCAGACCUCCUGUCGGCGUCCCUAACAAUGCUGAACGAGGUUGCCAACGAUGCCAAGAGGCCCAACAGGGAGCCUCUGUACGUGAAGAUGUUGGGUUCCGUACUGAGUUCCAUAAAGAGGUGGUCGGAGAAGAGAUUGCUCGAUUAUCACAACCAUUUCCACCGUGGUAAUGUUGAACUGAUGGAGAAUAUGCUUCCUUUGGUUUUCGCCGCAAUGAAGAUCUUGGAGGAAGAUAUCUUGGUCGUGGCUGCCGCCGCUCAGGACAAAGGGUUGGAAGUUCCAGGCGAGCAUUCCGUUGAGAGUAGAAUACACCAGUACAUUCAAUCCUCAAUGAAGAACACUUCUGCUCAGUUGAUCGAGAAUAGAACCUCGAAAACAGGGGAGACGGUAGAACUGAGCGACGCUCUGCUUCAUUUGGCUAAAGAUAUGCAGGAGCUAGCGGCAAAAGAGAAGGAAAUCUUCAGCCCGGUGCUGAAGAAAUGGUACCCGGUUGCAGGCGUGGCAGCCAUGGCGUCUCUUCACUCUUGUUAUGGCACCCUCUUGAAACAGUAUCUGGCCGGAGUGACUUGUCUCAGCGGAGAUAUGAUUACAGUGUUGCAGAGAGCAGGGAAACUGGAGAAAUUUAUGAUUGAUAUGGCAAUAGAAGAAUCUUCCGGUUGUGGUUAUGAAGACCCGGGAAAAGCCAUUGCUAAAGAAAUGGUACCUUACGAGGUUGACUCAGUCAUUAUGACACUCUUCAAGCAAUGGGUUGAUGAAAGGCUCAAGAAAUCAAGGAGUUGCGUCGAAAGAGCUAAAGAAACUGAAACAUGGAAUCCAAAGUCUAAAACCGAGCCAUAUGCACAGUCGGCCACGGAGCUAAUGACGCUGGUCAAGGACGACAUAAACGACUUGUUCGAAAUCCCUCUCGGUGUCUCCGAGAAUUUAGUUCAUAAAUUCGCCAACGAUUUCGAUCAAAUCUUCUGCGAUUACAUAUCUUUUGUUGCAUCAUGCGGAUCAAAACAGAGCUACAUGCCGACCCUGCCUCCGUUAACGCGAUGCAGUCGUGAGUCUAACUUCUAUAAGAUUUGGAAGAAGAUCAGUAGAGUGACGACCCCACAAUGUGAUAACCGUGAAGCAGCAAAGGAAGCUCACCAUCCCCGUCCCUCCACCAGCCGUGGGACUCAACGUCUCUACAUCCGUCUCAACACUUUGCAUUACCUCCUUUCCCAGAUCCAUUCCUUCGACAAGGCCCUCUCACUUUCUCCCAGAAUCAUUCAGUCCUCCUUCUCCGCAUUAUCCACACAAAAGACCUCCAGUCAGAAGAGGCGGCACGGCUCAUCCUUCUCCUCCGCUGUCUACUUUGAAAGCACUUGUUCAGCAAUCCAAUCCGCCUUAGAACAUGUCUGCCAAGUGGCUGCAUACAGGCUCAUUUUUCUAGACUCCAACUCGGUCUUCUACGACUGCCUCUACAAAGGAGACGUGGCCAGUAACCGUAUAAAGCCUGCCCUCAGGAGGCUGAAGCAGAAUCUAUCGUUGCUUGGGGCCAUAGUGACCGACCGUGCCCAGCCAAUGGCUUUGCGGGAGGUGAUGAAAGCGUCUUUCGAGGCCUUCUUAAUGGUCCUGCUGGCCGGGGGGAGCAUGAGGGCUUUCUACAAGGGAGACCACGAUAUGUUGGAGGAGGAUCUAGACAGUUUGAAACGGGUUUUCGCCACCUGCGGGGAAGGGUUAAUAUCGGAGGACGUGGUCGAGUGGGAGGCAAAGACGGUUGAGGGGGUGGUUGGACUUAUGGAACAACCGACGGAACAGCUUGUGGAAGAUUUUAGCCAGAUGACAUGCGACGCCAGCGGAAUGGGCGUGGCUGUGGUUGUUGGGAGUGGCCUGGGAGGAGGAGGCAGCGGCAGCCGCCGCCUGCCAAUGCCGCCAACAACCGGGGUUUGGAGCAGAACAGAUCCAAAUACUAUACUGAGAGUUUUGUGCCAUAGAAAUGAUAAGGCAGCUGGUUAUUUCUUGAAGAGAACAUUUCAACUCCCAAAGAGAUGAUGAUAAUAAUAAUAAUUCCAUCUUCUUGAUUUAUUAGGUUUAAACUAAUUGUAGUACAUUAUUAUUAACAGAAAUGUACAUUAUUAUAUUUAUUAUUUC